AUCGUCGGACACACCACGCCGAAAACCACCGAGAGCCAUCUGUGACCUUCAUCAUACCUCGCGAGAGUACUCUCACUCUUUACGCGUUAAUUCGCUUUCCAAGUGAUGCGUGAUACGUCACCGGCCGGUGAUCGGUGUUAAUAGGCUGGGGACUUUUUUCAAAUACUUAUCCAAUUCACAGCAGCGUGUGUUAGGCAACCGGAUCGGUUCGGGCGCCGAGUGUUUUUCACGGUCAAUCGAAGGCGUUAAUGUGCGUGUGGAAGGAGGAUGUGGCCAGCGUGUGUAAUCAUUCUCUUAACCGUAACGAUCGCUGUAUCGGCCACUGAUGAUGCGUUCAACAUUGAGCUGAAACAGAAGGACGCCGAAGUGUACCACGAGCAGAGCUUUGGAAGAAACGAGUUCAAUUACGGGUAUCAGGUGGAGCGGACAAACAGCCAGUUCCAGCAUAAGGUCAAGGGUCCGGAUGAUGUAACGUACGGUUGCUACGGGUACAUCGAUCCGGUGGGUGAGAAGCAUCUCGUCUACUACAUUGCCGAUCGGUUAGGCUACCGGCUGCUAGCACCGGAUCAACCGACGAAAGUGUUUACCGAACGGGUAGCGAACAGUGUCAACAAGCUAGAUGCUGAUCUUCAGGGUCGCAAGCUGGACGAGAAAGUCGUUGCCUGGAACGAUCUUUACCUUCCCUCGACCUGUCGUCGGUUGAAUGAGAUUGUUAGCAUUACACCACCACCGACAACGGUACGACCUGUUCUGCCACCCGCUACCACUGUAGAUGGUCGAGAUGGAGCACUGAUAGGAGAAUCCAACGGACAAGGUACAACUCAACGACCUGGAAGCGGAGAUCCUGUGCGUGAAGAUCGGGAUAAUGUAAACUCUGGAAGUGGAAAUUCUGCGGGAGUUGAUAAUCGACCAAGUGUUCCAAUUGUUGAAGAAUCUUCCAAUGUAAGCGUAUCAGUUUCUGGAGGGUCUUCUUCAAGCUCUGCUUCACCCAGUAUUCCUACAGAAAAUGGUGAUAGCAAAGAGGCUUCAGAUAACGACAACCAUCAUUCGGGUGGAGAUGUUCUACGAUCGUCAACGCCUCAAACCGUUCCUUUAACUCCAACAACUCUUGCAUCUCCCGUACAAGCUCCAAUCACACCUGAACCUUCCAUCGCUCCGAAACAAACCGAUUCCCCUCCUCGAACUACGUACCUUCCCGUCACUACAACCUCCCGUCCACCAAUAAUUAACGUUCCAGAUCAACACUAUCCUCCCUCCAAUUCCAUUCCUUCGCAACCCAACAACUGUGGCCACGAUGCAUCCGCACCACGUCCCAAAUAUCCCGGAUCGAUCGCCCAAUUCAACGGGUUUGUGUUCCCGAUCAAUCGCAACUGCGACGAUAGUGGACGCAACACGGCCGAUCUGCUCGCCCAGAUGCAAACGCUCAACGAGAUGGUCCUGAAGGUGAGCAAUACACUUCACACGCUGAUCGAAAGUGAUCGCAACCGUACGACUGCGGGCGAUGCCUGCGAACGUGUGUUGGAGCUGCUCAACAUCCAGCAACCGGUGCCGCUGCUCGUGUACGUACCCAUCAUGGUGCCUUACCUUGACGGUGGUAUUAAUGGUGGCGGUACGCAGCCACCGGUCAAUCCGGCGAGUUACGCGUACGCCAAGACGUGCAGUGAGUGUAAAUAGAUAAAUGGCGUAGCAGUAGGGAUGCUCGCUUAGGUUGACAUUUUAACUGGGGACCUCCCUUAGCCCGUGGAGUUUGUGGCGUCUUUCACUUGUGGUUUUUUUUGUGUUUUUAAAGUGAAGGAAGUCCUCCGAAGUCUUUCGGUUUGGAAGGGAUAUUUUGUAUAUUCACUUAUUUCUACUAUGGCCGCAGGGUGCAAUAAAUACGAAAGCUAUUAUUUAUAAAUAAACUCUUACCUUAACUAGCAAA